AUGAAACAUUUGGCGAGCUGCCAAAACGGAAAUAAGAAUAUUCUGCGUCCCGAUUUACCCAGUAAAUGCACAUAUGACACGAAUAAAACAGAUGCUAUUUCUCCACAUCAUCAUGUUCCUGUCCCGGAACGUCCAACAAUCGGCUCCAACAUUCUAGAAUACAUUGGAAACACGCCCCUUGUGCGUUUAAAUAAGAUUCCAAAAGAAGAAGGACUCGAAUGUGAAAUUCUUGUCAAAUGUGAAUUCUUCAACCCUGGAGGAAGUGUCAAGGACCGAAUAGCUAAACGUAUGAUUGAGGAGGGUGAAUGGUCGGGUGAAUAUCACCACGGUGACGCCUUAAUUGAGCCAACUUCAGGAAACACUGGUAUUGGUCUUGCGCUAACAUCUGCUGUCAAGGAUUAUAAGUGUUACAUUGUUAUGCCUGACAAAAUGAGUCAAGAGAAGUCCAUAGUCCUAAAAUCUCUCGGUGCAAAAGUCAUAAGAACACCACGAGAAGCGAUGUAUGAUGACCCCGAAUCUCAUCUCCAAAGAUCUGCUUCUUUGAAGGAAGAGUUAUCGCCGGGAGCCCAUAUUCCUAAUCAAUAUACGAAUCCUUAUAAUCCUAUUGCUCAUUAUGAUGCUACUGGUCAAGAAAUUUUAGACGCUUGUGCUGAAGGGCAACCAGACGGGAAGCCUAAAAUCGAUAUGAUUGUCUGUGGAGCUGGUACCGGAGGAACAGUUACUGGAAUCAGUCGUCUCUUCAAAAAUAAACUCCCAUCUUGCAGGACAGUAGCAAUCGAUCCUCGGGGUUCAGCUCUCUCAGAGCCCUUCCUUGGUCCUGACGAUUUCACUGGUACCUAUGAAGUUGAAGGCAUCGGGUACGAGUUCAUGCCCACUGUGCUCUGUCUUAAAACCGUCGAUGAGUGGAUUCGUGUUGAAGACAAGGAGGCUUUCGCUAUGGCCAGACGUCUUAUCCGUUCUGAGGGUCUUCUUGUUGGUGGUAGCAGCGGAUCAGCUCUGGCGGGUGCUAUCAAAGCGAUAAGAAAGGCUGGCCUUGGAAAGGGACAUCGUGUUGUCGUUUUGCUGCCGGAUUCCUGUCGUAAUUAUUUGUAA